GUGAAAAUGCACUCUCUUCUUAGCAGGCCUUCCAUUUUAUUGGCCAGAUAGAGUCAUGUGACCAGGAAUUGGCUGUAUGUCGCCCAGUCUCCAGAUUAAUACAGCAGGGUCCCCAUACUCCUGAUUUAUGCGCAAUAUACAAUAAUAGGGCCUCUGGAUUAUUGGGACCCUAAUAUUUCCUCUCCCACCCCUAGGCUGGCCCGGGGUAGCCAUGAAUUUUGAAUUUGAGAGGGAGAUCGGAUUUAUAAACAGCCAGCCUUCGCUAGCAGAGUGCCUGACGUCCUUCCCUGCUGUCCUGGAGACAUUUCAAACUUCAUCAAUCAAGGACUCGACAUUAAUUCCUCCUCCUUUUGAGCACACCAUCCCCAGCCUGAAUCCGGGCUCCGGCGGCCAGGCGAGGUCCAGGAGCCAAAAACGGUUAGAUAAUGGCCUUGUCCAAAAGCCUAUGCUGCAGCCUGGCCACUUGGCUACUGAGUUUCCCUGGAUGAAAGAAAAGAAAUCAGGCAAGAAGAGCAACCAAGGAUCUCCUGCAGCUCCCUUGCCAGCGCCAGAGUCUGUAGGAGAACCUCCAGCAGAACCGCCCGUGAUCCAGGACUCCAACAGCGGCUCCAGGAGGCUGAGGACAGCCUACACCAACACCCAGCUGCUGGAGCUGGAGAAGGAGUUCCACUUCAAUAAGUAUCUGUGCCGGCCCCGGCGGGUGGAGAUCGCGGCUCUGCUGGACCUCACCGAGAGGCAGGUCAAGGUCUGGUUCCAGAACCGGAGGAUGAAGCACAAGAGACAGACCCAGCACAAGGACCAGCAGGAAGGAGAUCUGACUUUCUCUAACUUAGAAGACUGCGAUCCCACAGACGACGGAGAUGAGAGCCCACCCUACCACCAAGGAUUAGACAGCAAUGACUCCUUCAGGGAGACAGAACCUUACACGCCCGAGACCCCCAAACUGCUAAUCAGUCAGCAGCUUCUUUCAGGCAAGGAAUCCAGUUCCAGGAGCCCCCUCUACCCGACACCCACCAGUGAGACUGACCCCAGAAUAGAGGUGGGUAGCAUGGACAAUGUCCUCUCAGAAAGCCAGGACAACUCCUUAUUGUCAGAGCUGACUUUAUUCUCGUCAGACUCCUGCCUACACAUUUCAGACGGAUCCCUCCAUAGCCCUGUCCACUUCUCACAGGAAGAUAUCGACUUUCUCACUAGCACACUUUGCAGCAAAGAUCUCCACAACUUAGAUUUUUAAAAUGUGAAAUUAUUAUUAUUAUUAUUAUUAUUAUUAUUAUUAUUACUACUACUACGAACAGAUCUGCUACCUACAGUAUCAUUUACAUUUAUUUAUUUAUUUAUUUAUGUAUUGUAUUUGCUUAACAGAAGUCAAACAAGGCCAUCUCAUUAUUUUUAUUUUAUUUUUGAUGAUUACAAUAUAUAUAUAUAUAUAUAUAUAUAUAUAUAUAUGUUACAAAAAGAAAAUAUAACAAAUGGCUUGUAAAUUUCUUUAGUGACGUCUCAGGAAUUCAAAUGUUGGUUUUGAUUGAAUAGACAGGCAUUUUACGUUUUAGAGUAUUUAUUUAAAAUUUAUUAGCAAUUUGAUAAUUUAUUGGACUUUAUUUUCAUAGACUGUCUUUAUA